GUGCUCUAGAAUAUUGGGUAGUGGGUUCAGGAGCCGGCGGGCUACACGCAGUUCGCGAGGCGGCGAAUGUCGACAGGUCCCGGAUGUAUGCGGCGGCGCUGUUGUAGCGUGGGCUGUACGGCUUGGCUGGCGCGCCCUUUUCGGCUGCUUCUUUCCUCGCUUUGCUCGGCUGCUGCGUCGCCGUGCUUUGCUGUGCUCCCUGACCUGACUUUCCGUGGAAGCACCUGACGUUUUUUUUUUUUUCGGAGGCCUGUCGGCGUCAACGCGUCUUGACGCGUCAGCAUCAAGAGGCAAUGUCGGGUCGUCGGCGUCAACGUCAUUGCUUCGCUCCCGGGUGUAAAACAGGAUACCAGUGGACAAAAGGCGAGCAGCCGUCACUUUUCGCAGUGCCAAAGGAUGAAAGCCGACGGAAGCAAUGGGAACGGAACCUGCAUCGAAAGGACAAGGUUUUAGACGAAACCUGCUCCGUCUGUGAGUUACAUUUCGAGCCAGCAUGCAUUCUGAGGGACUAUAUUCAUAUCAUUGAUGGCAAAGAAGUCCGCAUCCCACGAGGAAAGCCGGAAUUGUUACCGAAUGCGGUGCCAACUUUGCUUCCAAACGCGCCCAGCUACCUUUCGAAGAAAGCGCCGCUACAGAGGCCCCCGAGGAAGCGGAAAAGCACAAGUGCCUGCCCCGAUGAAGCGAAAAAGCGAUCAGGUUGUCAUUCCGUAGAUGACGAGGAAGCGAGGUGUACGGACGUUCGCACUGCGUGCAGCGUGUUAACAAACGACCCAGACACUUGUGAAAACGGCGAGACGUCUUUACCGGACGAUUUUACGAGGCUGGAUGUGCCUUCAGAAUACUGGAGCUGCAAUCGCAUACCUGAUUACAGUGGGACUGUGUACUGCAAGCUACGAAUGAAAGAAAAUCAAACCGUGGAGUCGGAGAGGGUUGUGGUGCUUUCAAGAGACGAUGGGCCCGGCGUCGCGUACAGCGCGCAUCUCUGCGGCCACUUGAUAGAAACGGGACGCAUCGCCAGCUGUGAGGAGGGAAAUCAACUACUUCGAAAAGUAGAUUCAUAUCGCCUGUGCAGAGGAGCACUGUCAACUAGCAGCGUGCCAAAAAGCAGCCUGACGAAAGGACUCGAAGCGCAGUCGACUGUGCACGAGGGCACAUACUUUAGCAAACGGUGUGCUGGAAAGGAGCCAUCAGAAGGACAAGCAUGCGUGUCCUGCCGCUACCUCAGGAAGGCCCUGCUGACUCGAUGCGCAAGGGUAAAGCGGUCAGUUGAAAAGAAUCUGCUCAGUACAGCACAGAAACUGCGUUCAGCACGGCAAAAGAACCGAAGGCUGUCAUCACGACUGAGUAACCUGAAGGAUGAGCUUUGCAAGAUGCAAGAAAAAAAUGCUUCUAAGCCUAUGGAAGUACUUGAGGCAGAGAUCUCGGCACUCAAUCCAAAACAACAAGAAUGUGUCCGGCAAUGUUUCUUGGCAGCGAAAAACAAAAGCAGCAAGGGAAACGUGUAUACAAAGGCUUGGAUUCUGGAGUGCAUCUUAAUGAAAAUGAGGGGUGCAAAAUUAUAUGAACACCUCCGAAAGCACAACAUUAUUUGCCUACCAAGCAAGAGUACGCUCAAGCGCUAUUUGCGGGCAUAUAAAACCUCAUUUGGGUUCAGCCACAAAGUACUGUGUGAACUGAAGAAAAAGACGCGACACAUCAGUAGCUUCAAACUGCGCGGCGGCCUUCUGGUUGACGAGAUUAAAUUGUCCGAGCACCUGAAUGUGACAUCUUCAGGCCGUAUUGAGGGCUUCGUUGACCUGGGCCCUUUUACAGCUGAAGGGCAGAAUGUUCCCUGUGACCAUGGGAUGGUGGUAAUGUUUGUCCCGUUUGCUGCCAAGUGGACGCAGGUUAUUGGCACCUUUGCUACAAGUGGCAAUGCCAAGGCUGAAGUGCUUGCGAAAAUACUUAUAGAAGCCACAAUUCUCGCCGAAGCUAGUGGACUUCUCGUCGAUUUCAUCACUUGCGACGGUGCAUCAUGGAAUCGACGUAUGUGGAACAUCUUAGGAAUUGGCGUCAAGAAUGGGAAGAUAACGUGCAGCCGAGAACACCCUGUGGACCCUUCUAGACGGCUGUUUUUCUUGUCGGAUUUUCCGCAUUUAUUGAAAUGCCUGAGGAACUCGCUUCUGAAAGGUCCUCUGAACACCCCAGAUGGCAUGGUUUCCAUCCAGCCUGUAAGGCAGGCCUUCAAGCUCGACUCGAGCCAGCUCACCCUGAAAGCAAUGCCUGGCUUGACAUCGGCGCACCUUCAGCCAAAUGGGUUUGAAAAAAUGAGGGUGACAUUUGCUUUCCAACUUUUUGGGAAUCGUGUGAUCAACGGUCUUCACUUCUACAAGGAGAAGUUGGAAUCAUCCUGGGGCAACAUUGACGCUACUAUAUCAUUCUUCAGGUAGGGCAAACAUCAUUUAGAAGCAACUACUUCUCGAUAAUUAGCUUGACGGGCACUAAGAAAUAGCACCGAUAGGAGUAGCCUUUGUUUAGAGCUGCGUGACAUAUUGAAUUGCUCUGUUCACUUCUUACUUUUCACACCCUUGCUCCUUUGAUGCUGCAUUGCAACAGCAACAUAAUUUGGUCGUUGUGCAUUUGUGUGCUAAAGUUUAUUUAUUUUUUUUUUCAGAACUGUCAACUGCCUCAUCAGGACCAUGACAUCCCGUUUCACUGCACAAGCACUGCGUCGAGGCUCUAACAGUGCACAGAUAAUUAAGGA